UGAAUUUUAAUUCUCUUUCUAGGUCUAACUAUGGACAAAACAGCUGAAUUGUUGAACUUCUACUCUUUCCAACAAAGUGCCAGCUCAUCCCACCCGUUUUACUCUUUUACACAACUUUCUCGUGAGUUUUCGACGACUUCUUUCUCCAAUUCCUCCUCCUCUUCACCUGCACCGACCGACUUGGUGAUUUCCCCGAACGUGGCGUACAUGGCGGCUGAGCUCAUCAUCGCUUUUUUCUCCAUUACCGGCAAUCUGCUGGUCUGCGCUGCCGUGGGAAUCAACCGCAAACUACGCACCGUCACCAACUACUUCCUGGUGUCGCUGGCGGUGGCAGACAUCUGCGUGGGCGCCAUCGCCAUCCCCUGCGCCAUCCUGACCGACGUGGGUUUGCCGCGUCACAACUUCUACCUGUGUCUGCUCAUGCUCAGCGUCCUGAUAAUGUUCACCCAGAGCUCCAUCUUCAGCCUGCUGGCGGUGGCCGUGGAGCGCUACGUCGCCAUCUUCGUGCCCUUCCGUUACAAGGUCCUGAUGAGGCCCCGCAACGCCGUGCUGGUGAUCCUCGCCACCUGGCUGCUGGCCUUCCUCAUCGGUCUCGUCCCUCUGGUGGGAUGGCACAAGACGCCGCCUGAUUCGGGCCACUGCUUCUUCGUCCUGGUGGUGGACAUGACCUACAUGGUGUAUUUCAACUUCUUCGCUUGCGUGCUCACACCCCUAGUGAUCAUGUUCCUCAUCUACGCCCAGAUCUUCGCCACGGUCAAGCGGCAGGUGAGGCGGAUUGCGUGCGAGCGAAGCGGCAGAGGGGAGGGACAAGUGAGGACUGCAGCCAGCAUGCGGCGAGAGAUGAAGACAGCGACUACUCUCUUUUUGGUUCUUUUCCUCUUCACAAUCUGCUGGAUCCCGCUUCACGUCAUCAACUGCUUCCUGCUACUGUGUCCGCGCUGCUUCGUGCCGCUGGAGCUGCUGCUCACCACCAUCAUCCUGUCACAUGCAAACUCCGCCGUCAACCCCUUCCUCUACGCGUACACUAUGACUGCUUUCAGGGACACGUUUAAGGCCAUUUUUAUGUGCUGCAGGACGGUGGGAGACAGAGAGGCUGAGGACAGAGAUGGAACGGCCGCCUGAAACAAACAACACACCUGAGCACAUCGGUGACACUUGAUUCCAUCUAAUACCAGAGGAGUCAAACUCAUUUUAGUUCAGGGGCCACAUUCAGCCCAAUUUGAUCUUAAGCAGAGCGGACCAGUGAAAUCAGAGCAUAAUAGCCGAUAAAUAAUGACAACUCGAAAUUUUUUCCUCUGUUUUAGUGUAAAAAAGUACAAUUCUGAAAAUGGUCACGUUUAAUAAAGUAUCUUUUCACAAAACAAUAUGAACAACCUGAAGUUUCUUCAGAAAAAAAUACGUGAAAUUUCAACAAUAUUAAGCCUCAUUCUAUCAUUUACACAUUACAAUUUACAGAUCACAGUGUGUCUACAAAGGUAUAAAACAUUUAGUCACAGCUAUCUGGAAGUGAACAGUAUUUUACAAUCGGUCAAGAUCUAGAAAUCAUUAUAACUUUAUAUUAUUUCCACAUCUGUGUAGUAAUCCUGACACCAUACCACACCACACCAGCCAUGCUGCUAUCUCACAAUGAUACAGAAAUCUUUAACAAAUCUGUGGAUCCAGACUAUAAGCUGCAUCACUGCUAAAAUCUAAUCACUUGGUCCUUGAGUCAUUUCUGACCUUCCCUGAAAAUUUCAUCCAAAUCUGUUAGUCUGUUUUUGAGUAAUGUUUCUAACAGACAGACAAACCAAUCCCGAUCGUCACAUAAUUCUGCUGCUUUCCUGGGCAUCAGCUGCUGACUCACAUUAUAUCGCACCAGGUUCAAUGUCUUUAAAUAUUUUCACAGUGAGGAUUCAGUUUCACCUCUGUAAUUUUUACACUUUGCAAAGUCGUCCCGUUGGCCGGAUUGGACCCUCUGGAGGGCCGGUUUUGGCCCACGGGUCUUAUGUUUGACACCCCUGGUCUAAACGCUUCACGGCACCACAUCUCUCAACGUCUCGAUC